AUGCAAAAUUGUGCCUCAAAGAAUAAUCUUCAAUUCCUAAAUCAACAUACAAAAGUUGAUUCAAAUGGAAUUGUUAGAAUCACUCAACAACAAUAA